CGGCACAGCUAACCCUCCACCCUCGGCCUCAGGCUCUUAGUCGCUCAACUCAGCGGCGUCAGCGUCUACGGAUAGUAGGGUAUAAAAUCCUCCAGCAACCUUUGCGACAUGGUUCUUGCCGCUAUCCAUGGUUAUACGGGCGGCCACUGUGGUGUGGACCACCAUGCCGUGUCCCGCCACGACAUUUGCAGCUCUCGUAUGAACAAAUACCAAUUGUCCCUGUUCAUUCAGGCACUACAGCGAAUGACGGACUUCAACAUACCGCGCCAACUAUUCUGCGCAAACGUCGCUAAUACACGGGGUUUGCCCUGUGGCACUGCCGGAGGGUGCGCCUUGCCGAAGAUGAAGAAAAAUGGUAAUUACGUUCAUGACGUUGAGCCGUGUCCCUCAGAGCGGCGUCCAAGCUCAUGCGCUUUCAUUGAGCAUGAGAUCUGUCGUCACGCCCAUGACAUCGCCCUGCAGUACUCUACGGACAAGGCGUGCUGGAAGCAAGCCGCUCGGGAUUUGUGCCUCCCAUGCUUGGCGUCCACACGCUGCGAUCCUUGCGAACUUCCGGUCGAGCUCAGUUCUUACGCGGUCACGAUUCUGGUCCCCUGCUACAACAAGACCGUCGAACGAUUGGUUGUCAACCCGUUGUUCUGCGGUAUCGCGCAUGACCAGGGCCCUCGCAACAUCUCAGCAAUCCUCAAAGACUGGUUCCCUUGUAUCGACCCGGCCUCGAUUACGUACAACAUCUCAAACGAUCGCUAGUUCGGGGCCGGAAACGACACUGCCCGACGGCCCCUGAUGAUCGGCAAUCCUGCCAGUGCAACAAGGGCGGCUGGAAGACGACGCACUGCGAAGGACAUCUAGACCCCA